CAAGAACACAAAGCAAGGAACUGAACCUUGAACCACCUAAACUGCAGAAGGUCUUCCCAGAGGCAGAUUCAAUCAGUUUCAAGAAAAAUAUGUUCCCGAGGUUAUGCUGGACCGAAUUGGUACCGAAACGUGUUUUUUCCUGAUGUUUCUAUGAUGACGACUGACUUUGAAAUUAUUGUGACGUCAAUCAUUCAUUUUUCCAAAGUAUGAGACUCUUGGCACGCAGGUGUGUUGUUACCAUGGUAAAAAUUGAUAAUGAAAAACAGGCCAACAUCAAUUAACUUAUAAGUAAAAAGGUGCCUUCAGUUUCUUCAGAUAUGGUUUCACACCUUUAACGUAAAAUUUUGAAAUAAAAACUAAACAUUGUCUUAAUGAUGAACAUGCAUCACUUAUAUCAAUCAGCUUAACAGCUUUAUCUUUCACUCUGGAUGUAACGGGUUAAUGCCUAAAUAGCCUACCGUAGCCUAUGAUACUUCAGACAAAUUAUAGUGAACAAAAUCAAGGAGCACAGUUCUUACUUCGGGAAUCUCGAUAUCACUCGUUUUGAUCUGAGGCUAUUUGUCAUCUCUUUAGAUGUAACAAUCGUAAAAUAAACUACAACAAAUUCGGGCUCUCUUGGCACAUCCGUUAACCCUCAUUUUCAAGUGCUCGGACAAGCACUAGUCAUUAUCGUGAAGGUUUAAGCGAGCAGUAUCUAAAACUUUUCAAAGAUGGGGAACCGGAAGUACAGAACGGACGCUGGCAGUCAAACCGGAAGUGAUUACGUGUAUGACAACCCAGUAGCAAGCACUGUGUCCAAUGAGAAUGGGAUCUCUGUGAUAUCAACUGGAAACUUUUCCACACAUUCCAAUGGAGAUCCCAAACGUCAGGAGAUAAAGGAGGAUAAGAAAAAGCACCGUUUGACCUCCGUAUCAAAGGUUGAGAAUGAUGACAUCGUCGACCAAGACGUCAAUGUCAACGAGGACACAAAAUUUGGAUGGCUUUGGUUUCGUCCAAAAUGCCUACAGGUCUUCAACACGCCCUUGGGCUACUGUUUUAUGUUAUGCCUGGUGUCCUUCGUGCAAGGCAUGACAGCUUUUGGCUUCGUCUUCAUCAGUCUAUCCACCAUAGAGAAACGUUUCUUCCUCAACAGCGUGCAGAGUGGUAGCAUAUCAAGUGCUUAUGAUUUUUCGUCGCUUAUUGUGGCGGUUAUCGUUAGUUAUAUGGGUGAGAGGGGACAUCGCCCACUAUGGGUUGGAUUUGGCUCCAUGCUCUUCUGCGCAGGGUCUAUCACCUUUGCAAUCCCUCACUUCGUCACCCCGAAUUACGUCUAUCAAGAGGUCGACUCAGACUAUUGUGGUCUACCAAACGAGACACUCAGCUGUGAUGACCAUGGUUAUGAAGGUGACGAUACCGAUUUUGAAGACACUCCUUUAUCAAAGUACUACUGGUUCUUCAUUGUUGCCCAGGUGCUGCAUGGUAUCGGAGCUGCUUCUCUUUACACACUUGGGGUUGCAUACGUUGAUGAAAAUGUUCCUCCACGACAAUUUGGCAUUUUCAUGGGUAUCUACAACGCGAUCACUGUGGCGGGGCCUUCGCUUGGUUACAUCAUUGGGGGAGCAUUCCUGAAUAUUUAUACUGAUCUAAACGUCGAUAAAAACAGUCUUACUAUCGAUGUAACCAGUCCUCUCUGGAUAGGUGCCUGGUGGAUUGGCUUCAUAAUGAAUGGGGUUCUUCUCUUCGUGUUUACAUUCAUCUACAUGGGAUUCCCAAAGGCUCUACCAGGGCGAGAUAAAGUGAUGGCAGAACGACGAAUAGAAACCCAGAAAGGUCAAGAUUUCAAAACCGAGAAAGGGGCACUUAACCAACUCAGAGCAUUACCACGUGCUAUCAUCAGCCUCUGUACCAACCUUCCUUUUAUGUUCUUGAAUGUUGGUUCCGUCGCGGCGUUCUUCCUUGUUGCUGGUCUUGCCGUCUUCGGACCCAAGUAUCUGGAGUCCCAACUAGCUAUGACACCAAGUGAAGCUGCUUAUGCUAUGGGUGUCAUUGCGGUCAUUGGAGGCAUCACUGGCGCCCUCAUCGGCGGAAUAUUGAUCAAUAGGUUGGAUCUGAAGUUUCCUGGUUUGAUGAAGCAGAGCAUGAUCGCUACCUACACAGCGAUCUUAGCAUGCGGUAUUUUCUUUGCUGUCUGCCCAACAGUCGAUUUCUCUGGAGUCACCGUCAAAUAUGAAAGCAGCGAACCACAUGACGGGCUGUUUGAGUUGAACUCUACAUGCAACUCACGUUGUUCGUGUUCUAACAGCUAUGAUCCUGUAUGUGGGAGCGAUGGGAUCAUGUAUUACUCGGCCUGCCAUGCUGGUUGUGAAGUCGAAUUCUUGGCCAGCGGUGAAGUGCUAUUACACGAAUGCAAAUGCGUCCACGACUCAGACUCACCUAGCGACUUUGGUACAGUGAAUUUUGGUACCUGCUCUACAUCAUGCCCGUAUAAAUGGCUCUAUUUUGUUGGUUUAAGUGUCAUUGUCAUGCUUGGUGCUGUGUCGGGUGUGUCAGGAUGGACUGCAACAAUCAGAUGCGUGCCUCACAGUCAGAGGGCGUUUGCCAUGGGCAUCCAGACUUUGAUCUACGGGUUGCUAGGUUCUGUACCCGGUCCCAUUAUCUUUGGAUUACUGCUGGAUACUUCGUGUCUCUUGUGGGAGUCUAGUUGUGAUGGCUCGGCCAACUGUUGGCUGUAUGACAACAAGCUCUCCGCUAGGGGGUUUCUGAUCCUCAGUGCCAGCUGUGAAUUCAUCGCCGCUAUAUGCCUUACUCUCGCACUGGUAUCAUACAAAUCCCCAAGCAAACAAUCAGAACUUGAGGGCGGGAUGAAUAAAGAGUUUGCAAGCCAGGAUGAAUUAGAUACUGUUGCGUGAAUACCAUCAAAAUCAUCAUUUCAGUUACUAUUGUACGACAAAACGCACUGCUGAUAUCACUUGUAGAGUGAAAACCUUCCUGGACCUGGCAGGCAACGCACAUAAUUAUGAAUCUAAGUGUGGCGCCAUCAAUCGCAGCAUCACAUAUUUUGAUUUUACCACGUUACCAAGAUUAACUUGUUGAAUUAUCGGGUUACGCGUAAUGUCUUUAUGACCCCAUUUUCUAUAAGCGAGUGCAGGGGAUAUGUCACAUAAUAUGUGGUUUUGUAUGAAAGAUGAGAUUGGAAGUCUUAUUGAACUCAUAUUCACGCCCAGGUUCUUAAUUUUUCUUUGCUGAAUCAUCGCAUAAAAAAAUGAAUGAUCUGUUCACUCUGAUACAUGGUAUCCAUGUGCCUAUUAUGAAAGAAAUGCAAGAUGAAAGGACAAACCAUACUCUAGCUGGAGAAUUAUGUAUUUUUUUAAAUUCGAGUCCUGACAGUACAUCGACAUUAUAUUUGAAUAAAGCGCUGUCGUGAUAACAUAAAUAUACAAUGAUGAUAUUCUUUUUUAAAGUCUUACAUAAACGUCAAAUGUGUCGGCCUAAAAAGUCCUAAAAUGUUUAAAAUACCUCUUCACCUGCCAGUAUAUCUGAUAUUCUGUUUAAUCUUUCCUUAAUACCUCAAGAGAUAUGUAACUUAAUCAAUAUAGUAAACAUCGUAAAUAUCGAAAAUGAUAUCCUUGACUUUAGCAUAAUAUUGUACAUACUGUACAAAAUUGUUGGAGGACUAUUGUGUGUAUAUAUUUCAAACAGUACUAUGAUGUCGUGCAGCCUAUACAAGAUUACUUAGUAUGACAUUGAUUUUUAUUUCUUUUCUUGUAGAGCUUCAUUGUCAAUGUUUUAGAAGGAUAUUAGAGGUUCUCAUCCGUGUUAUGAUAGUCUCAUAUGAAUGGAUGUCAAUAGGGAUAACUCAUUGAUUAUAUUGAAAUAUUUAAUGUGUAAGUAUUUUGCGGGAUGAUCAUUUAAUCUCUACAAAUUGGCAUCAAACGCAUGGGCAUGGGGUGGGAAAAGAAACUGGAAAAUGGUAUUUAUAUUUGUAAAAUAUAAGGAAGAAGAGGAAUGCAAAAAGAGACAAAAAAUCAAUAUAUUUGUAAAGGAAAUUACUGGAUUAUACUGUACAUUAUACGAUUAAUUUGAUGUGGUAGGGAAAAAAAAUUACACUUCCUUCAGCUUUGGGUCCUCUAUCAAAAUAUUCUGAUACUGGUCAUGUUAAUUUGUUACUAUUAUUAUUACCAUUACCCAAUGCUGACGCUACGGAAACGACUGUUGAUUAUCAAGAAAAGUAAGGGUGCAAAGACGAGAGAGGAGACGAACAUUGAAAGAAGGUUCAUUCAAUUCUUUAUAUAAUUUCUAUUCAAACAUACAAAGAAACAUAAAUCAGAUAAAAAUAUAAGAAUAGAUACGUUAAAGGAAAGCAGUAUAAAAUGAUACAUAUGAAAAUCUGUGUGUGUGGGUCCAUCAAAAGAUAACAGGAAAGAGGUAACUGGGUCAUAAUAUCAUAACACUAUUUUCUGUUAGAAAGAUUAACCUUCUGAUGGUCAUUUGG